ACACCGGUAGUUGUCAUGGCGAUGGAGUCAGCUGCGGCGUCGGCUCCUGAUGUUGUUGCCAUGGAGAUUUCUGCAAGAGGCACGCUCCCGGUGGUGGAGGAGGACGAGGGCUCCGGCGUUCCAGGCUCCGAGGAGAGGUUCCGAUACCGGCGAGGAGGAGAGAGGCGACGCCGUGGGAUGCCGUUCAACCGGAGCGGCCACUACAUGCUGAUAGUGAUCGGGGAGAUCGGCACGGAGCAGCAGCUGGAGACCGCCAGAGCACAGAUAGAGCGCGGAAUUCGAUCCUGGGAUUUGGAUCUCCGAAGCUGUGACCUUGAUCAGCAGCUGCAGUUGUUCAUAACGCGUCACUCUGCCCACUUCUCCUCCGAGGUCAGAGGACAACGGACGCUCCACCACAGAAGUGAUGUCCUAGAGACUGUAGUGCUGGUCAACCCCUCAGAAGACUCUGUCAUAUCAGAGAUCCAGACUCUGCUCACAGACUCUGCUGGACACAAGCUUCUGGUCUUGAGUGGCCAGAGCUCAGAUCACGGCGGCCUUCUCCUGCAAACUGGGGUCUUCACCUACCAGACCUUUUCCCGAGUCUUCACUGAUCCUGGGGUUACUGAAUUACUGGGGACAGCAGCCCCCAAGCAGCAGGCAACACUUACUGUGUCCUGCCGCGGGGAGGUGGGCUGGAGCUCCCUGGGACAGCUGCAGCCUCUGCGGGACCUCGUGGACUACAAACUAAAUCCAGAACCUGGUCUCCCCAAGAUGGACGGAGUCACAGAGUUCACAGAGUAUGUCUCUGAAACCGUCGACGUCCCGUCUCCUUUCGACCUCCUGGAGCCCCCCACCUCCGGCGGCUUCCUGAAGCUGUCAAAACCAUGCUGCUACAUCUUUCCCGGCGGACGGGGAGACUCCGCUCUCUUCGCAGUGAACGGCUUCAACAUCUUAGUGGACGGCGGUUCCGAACGGAAAUCCUGCUUCUGGAAACUGGUCCGUCACUUGGACCGCAUCGACUCCAUUCUGCUCACACACAUCGGUGCUGACAAUCUUCCUGGCAUUAACGGGCUUCUUCAGAGGAAGAUAGCGGAGCAGGACGAGGAGCGCUCACAGGGCUCCAUGAACUACAGUGACUGGAUGAAGAACCUCAUCUCCCCCGAGCUCGGUGUCGUCUUCUUUAAUGUUCCAGAGAAGCUCCGCAUGCCUGAAUCAAACCUGAAAGUCAAACGCAGCAUCGAGGAGGCCUCGCUUACACUGCAGUACCUUAGCAAACUUGGAGUCAAGCCGGAGCCUUUGUUCAGAGUCGUCAGCAACACCAUUGAGCCCAUCACGCUUUUCCACAAGAUGGGCGUGGGAAGAUUAGACAUGUACGUUCUCAACCCCGUGAAGGAUAGCAAGGAGAUGCAGUUUUUAAUGCAAAAGUGGGCUGGAAACAGCAAGGCCAAGACUGGCAUUGUGCUGCCAAACGGGAAGGAAGGAGAAAUCUCUGUGCCCUACCUAACAUCAAUUACAGCCCUGGUGGUGUGGCUCCCUGCCAGCCCCACAGAAAAGAUCGUCAGAGUGUUGUUCCCUGGGAAUGCACCACAAAACAAGAUACUGGAGGGUCUAGAGAAGUUAAAGCACCUUGACUUCCUGCGUUAUCCCGUAGCCACCCAAAAAGAAAUUUCCUCUGGAGCUCCCCUGCCUGUCAUUAAACAAACUAAGUUAAAACAAAGAACUGACAGCAAAGAGAGCCUCAAGUCCUCUCCAAAGACCACAGCAAAGGCUGCAAAGAAGGAAAGUGACUUGCAGGACAAUGUGUCAGCUGCCACAGAGGCAAAGAGCGACUCUGUGAUUGAACACAUCCUGGAGAAGAAGGAAGAGAAAAAGCCCAAGACUAUCAAAUCUAAAACCGAAACUCCAGAAAAGAAGAAGCUGCUGAAGGAAAAGUCCCUGAAGAAGCAUUCCAAGGAGAGGUCGACAAAAAUGGAAGAGAAAAAGGACAAGGAAAAGAAGGAGAUCAAAAAGAUAAAGAAAGACGACUCUGCCAAAAAAGAUGAGAAGAAAGAUGCCAAAUCCAAAGAGGACAAAAAGAAGGACACAUCCAAACCUGAGCUGAGAAAGAUCACAAAGCCUGACCUGAAACCACUGACACCAGAGGUCAGAAAAACCUUACAUAAAGCUAAGGCUUCAAGUAAAUCCAAAACCACAAAAGGCAAAGCAUCAAAGGCUGAGCCAAAAGAAGGAGAGAAACUCGCCGUGGUGCAGCCAGAGUCCACUGAGAACAAAGCUGCUGAGGGCACGUCUGCUCUCUCCACACCCGAAGACCUCACCAAGGAGUUUGAGGAACUGGAAAAGGAAAAACUUCAAGCUGAAAAGGAAAUAGAAGAAGAUUCCCAAAAAACAACAGCUGAGAGUCCCAUCCAAGAGAAGAAGGAAGCUCAGGAAACAGCUUCAGAGACUCCACGAGGAGUAAAGUCUCCUGAGAAAGAGACUCCCGAAACCAAACAGGACUCCAAAGAGAAAGAGAAAGAGUCAUGCCACGAGAAGGAAAUGGAAGAGGCUGAGGAUGAGGGAGCAGAAAGUCAAGAUGAGGAGGAAGUAGAAGAAGAGCUUCCAGCAGCAGAAGAGAAAGUACAAGAAGAGGAGGAAGAGGAAGAGGAAGACAUGGGGAUUGGAGAAGAGGAGGAUGACUCUAAGGGGAAGGAUGUAAAAGAUGAUGCUCUGGAUAGAAAGCAUGAGAUCGAAGAAAUGGAGAAAUCAGAAAAUUUGUCUGCCAAGUAUGUGACAGAACAGCUUAAAAUGUCUCCAACCAAGGAUGAGGAGGAGGAAGAGGAGGAGGAGGAGGCUAUUGAAAAAGCAGAACUGGAGGAAGUGGAAGACUUAGAUGUGAUAGCAGAUGAAGAAAUUAAAGAGAAGCCUGAACAUGCAGCAGAAAGCAAAACUCUGGAUAGUUUGACUGCAGCUAAAGAGGAAGAGGAGGAUGAAGAGGGCUACCUGUCACAUGUGGAAGGAGCCACAGCUUCCAUCCCUCCAGCUGUUCCAGGAGCUGCCACAGCUGAGGCCGUCUCCUACAUCCAAGACGAGACCAUUCCAGGCUACUCUGAGACUGAGCAGACCAUCUCGGAUGAGGAGAUCCACGAGGAAGCGGAGGACAGAAUUCCUCAUCUUCAGUACGACGUCGGUGCCUACGACAUCUCUGUUCCAGACCAGACCGGCUCUUUCGUAAACAUUCAUGGCAUGAGGGAAAUGCAGGCUGCCGCCCUGACCGAGAAAGGUUUUAUUCCCGGUGUGCAGGAGCAAGUGUCUCUUUUCACCAACAUCAUCACGGCUCCCCUGGCCGAAGAAGAACAUGUGUCUUCUGCAACGUCCAUCACAGAGUACGACAAAAUGUCCUCCCUUCCUACUUCAAUCGCAGAGGAUCACUCUGUGGCGUCCACUGCAGCUCCUGCUGCCGAGGAGCUGACCAAAACUCCGUCUCCUCUGUCAACUACACCCAAAGCUGCUGGAAGCAAAGAGCAGCCGCGCUCUGCAGAAACUCUGUCUCCACCUUCUUUGGAGGACGAUCAACAGUCCAAGCCUCCAGCUGACGAAUUACAGCUUCCUGUUGCAGCAGGAAGGGCAGCAGCUGAAGCUCCUCAUGCCACUGAAGAGGAGGAGGAGGAAGAAGAGGAGGAGGACGAGGAAGACCAAACCCCAAAUGUUGAUAUUUCACUGGAAAAACUCCAGGAGGGUUAUGCUUCAUUUCAAACUCCAAAAGGCAAAGAGGCAGAAGAAGACAAGCUCUCGGGUUCAGCAUCUCCUGGGAAGACCCACCAUGACCUCACACCCGUGCAUCUACCAGUGGAAGAGGAAAAUAUCGAUGCCGUGGCUCCUAAAGACAUUUCCUCCGUCGUGCCUACCAGACCGUAUGGAUCGGACUCAGUGACUUCAGAGAGUGAGGAGCGCUGUUUCAGUCCGGAUGACGUCACCGUCAAACUGGCUUCUCCAGCGCAGUCCGGGCCCUCGAGUGCCGCUCACUCUCCCCUCCGACAGUCUCCGGUGGACGACAAGACGAAGACCUUCCCUGAUUUAGAGCUCCAUCAGCAGGAGAAGAUUCCUGAUGGAGAUAAAAGCAAAGAUGAGGAGGGAAAAGAAGCCGACAGGAGUCAGAAAGGAGGUGAAACUGAAAUUGUGAGAUCUGAGGAGAAAUCCGAUCAAACUAACAAGAAAGAUGUUUCAGUCAUAAAAGAGUCAGACACUGUGUCUGCGCCAAAAGAUGAAGAAAAAGAGGCAGUAACUGCUCUUGCACCAAAAGUUGGGAAGGAGUCCAUCCUCUCAACCUGUGAUGACUUUAAGAGCAGAGAAAGCGAACCUCCUGGAGCCGCACCGGGAAUAAGUCCAGAGUGGAAACGUCACUCUUUUGGUGAUGAUGAAGAUGACGACAAAAAACAUGACGAUGACAAUCAAUCUGCCGUUAAAAUGAGCCAUAUGGAACAAGACAAAGAUGACACCCUCAAUGUCAAACUGGAGGAUGAACAGAAGCUGCAAUCUGUCAUCCACACUGACGUCUCUGCCUCCAAAUCCUUCAUUGAUGGAAAAGAAGAGAAAGAAACAGGAAAGGAUGAAACUCCUGAUAUUAAACUCAUCAGGGAAGAAAUUAAAAAAGAUGCUGCUGUCACUGAGGGUGCAAUUAAAGAUGAAGAAAAAGAUCUUUUGGUCAAAAGCAGCGAGCAAGCAAAGAUGGAAACCGUUACACCGGAGGUGAAACAGGUCAGAGAUGAGGAGAAAAGCAAGGAAGUAACAGUAGGAGAUCAAUCCGACCUCAGAACUGGUGAGGAUCAGCAGGAGACACAGGCCAAGAAGGAGGUGCAUGAUGGGACAAUUUUCAAAGAUGAGGAGAAGAAAGAGUCAGCAAAGAUAGAAACGUUGGAUGUUUGCUCUGCUAAGACACAAAUAGAGGAGGCCCAACCUUUAGAUACUGAACCUAUCAAAGUAGAGAUGGAGAAAGAUACUAAAGUAGACACAUCCGUUCCUGAGUACAACUACGAUGAGAAGAAAAAAUCUGAAAUCAAACAAGAGGAAGAGAAAAAAGAGAUGGAAAAAAUGGAGACAGUCACCAAAACCUUCACAGAAGAGUUGAAGAAACAAGAGGCAGAGACGGGAGACGUUAGCGUCACCAAGCUGAGCAAAGAAGAAGAAAUUAUUAGUAAGAUGGAUGAAUCCUCAACAACAAUGAAAGAUGAAAAGGAGAUAAAAGGAAGAGAAGAUGUUAAAUCAACUAUAAGCCUCACUGAGGUAGAAGAUGUGACAAUUAGUAAAGAUGAGACUUCUGCAGCCAAGACUGAAGAAAAAGAUGACGUGGAGAUCAAACCUGGCAAGCAGGAUGACAACACAACCAGCAAGGAUGUGUCAUUCUCUUUAAAAACCACGGAGGAGGAUAAGAAGGAGGGCUUGGACAAAGAUAUCCCAAUAGCUAUUAAACCUUCUUCUUCUUCAGAGGAAAAAGAUCACCUGCUUAGUCAGGAGGAGAGUCCUGCAGAGCAUGAAGACAGUAAAGAUGCUGGCAGUGCAGUUCAACUUCCCCAGAGGGAUGAGCCUGUAAUGACACAUGGAGAGAUCGGCCUCUCUGACACAUCAACCAGAGCAAAAGCAGAAGAAGCUCCUCACACUGACAAACCAACAAGUGAAAAAGAGCAAGAGUCCACCAAAAACAUCUGUUCGCCAGCUCCAGAAAUGGUGAAAGAUGAUGUAACCAUUGAGGAAACUCCUGUUGUUGAAGAAUCCAAAGAUGAGACAGUCUUGAGGGAUGCUGUGUCUGUUGCUGCUCCCACCACACAGGAGGAAAAACACAAAGAGCAUUUAACAAAGGGAGAAACAAAGGAGGAAGAGCUCAGUGUCAAACCUGAAACAGAAGAAAAAGCACAAAUUCAGGAUCAAAUCUUUUCUGCAAAGCAACUAGAGGAAAGUAAAGACCCCACAGCCCAAAUUAUAUCCGACAUCAAACUCUCUAAAGACCAGAAAGCUGAGUCCACAGCGAAGGAGGAGGAGGAGAAGGCUGGCACCUCAGAGGAAAAACUCCCAGAGGACGAACCAAAAGAGACGAUAAUCACAGAAUCUGAGGAAGAAAUAAAAGCAAAAAAAGUUGAUACAAAAAUGGAUGUUCCUGAAAAGCUACGUGUAAAAGAUGCCUCUAUUAAAACCCCGGAAGAUGACAAAAGGACAGAAACGUGUUACACUGAUGAGAAACCAACACAAGAGACUAAAACGCACGAAGAUGUUGGUCAAAAAUCCAUUUUGGAGCAAAAGAAGGAAACUGAUCAGGAUGAGGCUGAAAAGGAAGAUGUGGAUACAUUUGCUGAGAAAUUCAUUGACAUAAAAGACAGUGACCUGUGCAGAGGAGAAAUGAAAGUUUCAUUGAAAGUAGUUGACGCUGACGCUGAAUCUAUCAAACAGGAUGCGAUCAAAGAGAUUUCUGCUCCAACAAGCCAAACCACAGAAGACGUGAAAGGCGUUGAUAAUUAUUCUUUUGAGCCUGAUUCUAAGAAAACGGACAAAGAAUUGGAAAACCUUCAUCCCAAAGCUGUCACAGAGGAGAAGACAGCAAAGGAGGAGGUUCCUGGAGCUCAGACAGACAAAGAAACCUUCUCAGCCUCUCCACUGCAGGCAAAAGAGUCAAAGGUCAGCAGUCAGGAGAAAGAAAAAGAUGAUGCACAUGUUGCUGAGCUGAGCAAAGAACAGAAAAUGGAGAAAGAACAGGAAAAAGACUACACUUAUGAAAGUGAAGACAUUAGAGAGGAGAAGGUGCAACCAGAAGAAGAUGAAUUAAAGAGUGUUACUCAGACGAAGACGUAUGCCGUGGUGGAGCAAGAAGUGCCUGAGCUUGCUGAUGUGGAGCUCUCCAAAGAGGAGAAAUGGGAGAAAGAGGAGGUUCAGGAGAAAGACCUGGACAAAAGUGUUAAGCAGCCUCCUUCAGAGGCAGUGUCCAAACCCGCCUUCUCUGUUCAGUCGUCAGAGGAAGAUCGAGACGAUGACGAGGAGGAACAUAUUUGCAUGGGAGGAGCAGGCUCAAGACCUCUGACAGUGGAGCCUCAAAAAUCAGAGCCUGACCUUCCUUCUGUUGGUUUGUCUUUCACCCAGACGCCACAAACGAGCGAUCGAACAGAACCGCCUCAACAGCCCACCGUGGUCAUCCCGACACUCACCAUGCAGGAGCCCUCUGUGGAUGAAGACCUUAAAGAGUACGGAAAAGACACCUCUGAAGAAGCUGUGACAGCAGAAACAGCCUCUGCACCACUAGCUCAGCCGGAACCGUCUUUUGAUGUGACAUCCAAAGAGGAGGAAACACCUUGUGUAACUGCAGCUGCAGAACCAGCAGAGAAAAAACCUGUGCUGUCGACCGUAUCCAGCACUGACAGCCAACCAAAGAGCUCCACGCUUUCCAGCACCGAAAGUCAGUCUAGUUUAGAGGAAACUCAACCUGAUGUGAAGCUCACACCAUCAUGCAUAUUCUCAGAGGCGGCCAAGCCGGAUGAAAAGACAGGAAAGGAAGCAGAGAAGGAGAUGGAGAGAGAAAGGGAAGUUGCUUCUCCUGGACUGUCCCAACAAUGUUCGUAUUUUAUGUUAGACAAAGAACCAGAAGAUAGCAAGACUCACUCGGGCCCAGACAAAGUGGAAACUGGAGAAAAAAUGAGCUCAGACAGCAAAACCAUUGGUGGAAACCUCCAAGAUGUUGGUCCAUCCAAAUAUGAGCCGUAUGAAAAGCCCAUCGUAAAAGAUCAUGAUCUAGACUCAAGAGACAAGAGCGAGGUCUCUGCAAGUUUAGAUCGCUCCUCUGACAUGUGCUUUGACGAUAAUAGAAGAACAAGCCCAACAGAACCUGGAGGAGCCAUCUACCUUCUGGAUGAUCAGUACAAAGAAGAGCCUUUGUCCUUCAGUAGAGUCGACUACAGCCCGACUUCCCUCACAGAGAGUGAAAGAAGCAGCCACCACAGCCCAAGUGCCUCUCCUGAAGAUGAAGACAGAGAAGCACGGCUCAGUCCUUCAGGUGUUGACCAAAAGCAUAUCCAAGAUAACAAAAUGUCCCAAGCUGCCAACUGGUAUUCUUUCACUCCUAAAGAGGAUAAACCAGAAAAGUCAGAGAAAGAGAAAGAAGACGCAGAGGAAGGAUCUACUCAGAAACUGACAGAGGGAGCAGGUGGGACAGUCACUGUCAGUUCAGUGGUUCCUUCGGCAGUCGCCUCAUUAAGACAGGAAACGCCCCCUCCCUCAUUCAGCCACUCGGAUCUCAGUGCCUCAGCUUCCAGCGGAGUUUCUGCAGAAUUCACAGAGGAAGACGUGACCGACAAAGGGAAAGAGAAACCUUCAGGAUCAUUUAAGGAAACAGUGUCUUCCGAUCAUAGACCAGGAGAGGAACCUGCAUCAGGCCGGCCUUCGCCUGCAGAAAAAGACAUUUCACCACAACAAGUAUCUCAGUCGGCUGGACAAGAACCAGACUCCAAGUCUGCAGCCGCAUUUAUGGGACAUGAAACAGACGAGAACGUCUUGGCUUCUGACUACAGCCACACCAGAAGCUCUGAUCCAAGUAUGAGCUUUUUCAUGGGCAAAGAGAGUUUCAUGGAUAAAAGGCUGCUGGUAGAAGGCGAGGAUUUUAACGUUGGUGAUGACGAAGAUGAAGACGAGGAGGAAGAGUUAAGCGACGUUGACAUGGAAAAGGGUGCCAGAGAGCAGUUUGAGAAAGAAGUCUGCAGGCGGGAUUCUGAUGAAAGCAUAAAGUCCACAGAGACGGAAGACUCAAAUAAAACAGCUCAGAUCCCUGAACCAAGCCGUCCUUCUCAGGAGUCAGUCUGUAAAACAGCUCCCCAGGAGGAUUCUGGGUAUCGAGCCGCAGAUGGUGGCGAGAAGGAUGGUGGAGACAAACCAGAGAAAGAAGAAGACACACUUGCUGAGACAACGAAAAGUCUGGACACAUUUGUCAGCACGCUUCCACCGUCUGAGCCGAGCUCAGUCAGAGCAGAUGAGAGCGGUUAUGCAGUGAACAAGGAACAAAAAGACAAAGAACUUUCCUCAACAAUGACAGAAACUGCUUCAACUAAAGGAUUCGAGUCUAAGAAAACGGACAAAGAUGAAGCUUCCUCUUCACUAGAGUCCACGAAUGUUGUGCAUGAAACAUAUCAAAAGACAUUUACAAGCAGCUCUUCACCAACUCAUCACUCAGAGUCCAAACCUUCAUCAGAACCCUCCUCUUCACUCUACACUGGUAUUGGACUGAACAGGUCAGCACCAUAUUCUGAGCAUUUCACUAGUCUUCAAAGCCAAGAUGGGUCAAAGCAAGUCCCAAUGCUUUCAGAUCCCUCGCAUCUCUCAAAGACAGGUGGUUAUACAUUUUUAGGCCAAAGAGAUGUCCAAGAAGAAGACCUGGAUGAUAGGAUUCCUCAAAACCAACAUGAGGAAACCACCGUGUCAGGUUGCACCUACACCUCCUUGACAUAUACCACAAAAACACACUCCUCCACAUCAUACAGCUACACUUCUUCUGCCUCGACGUCAGCUCUCUUGAGCCAACGUUCAGGGGAUAGAGUUGAAGCUCCAGCAGUGUCUGAUGUGUCUUUGGUCAAAGAGGAGCCGACGGCAGCAUCUUCAAGCUCAUGCUUUGGAGGUUUUCAGAGAGAUGAGUACAUGGAGGUGAUGACAAAACCUGCAACAGACGUGUCCAAACCAUCCUCUCUGGACUCCUCCGUCACUGCCAAGCAGCCUGAGGACAAAGAGCAAAGAGCUGAUACACAGUUGAGUACUACCAUUACUACCUGUACUACAGCAGCCUCUCAACAGAAGGUAGAGCCAGUAAAGACGUCAGAAUCUUGUUUCGAUGUGUCUCCCCUUGAAAGGGCUGGCCCCUCUGCCAGUGGGGCUUAUGUCAAGGAGUCUGACGCACUUGAAACAGAGGAAGGCACCCUUCCAUGCCGCAUUGAAUGUGGAAAAAUCCCAGUGGCCGAACAAAAAGAGACUUUUCUAUCAAUAUCUGAGUCAUAUUCGGCUCAGAGUACCACGCUCUCCACAGAAACAAAGACAGUGACCAUUACCUCCACCACUGUUGUGUCUAAGCCUGACAUGACGGUGGAAAGACUCCAACAAACAGCCUCUGCCGCUCCACCAACUGAUGGUGGAGCUCCCAAAGCCUCAUGUGCCGUAACAGACCUGCCCAAAACACCGGAGACUGAAACGGAAACCAUUCAAGUGGAAGAGGAGAGGAAAAGUGGAGCCAUCAUGAAGGAUGAUGCCAAAAAGCCAGAGACUGCCUUUGGAGAAAAACAAGAAAAAACAGAAAUGCUGACAGACACAGAAGUCAAACAGAAAAAAGACGGAAGCAACAUAGAAGACGAAGAACCUGCUAAGUUUAAGCCGAGUCAGCAUGAAGGAGAGAAAGAAAAGGAAGAAAGACUGCUGGAGAUGCCUUCUGAACAGUUAGCAUCGAGGAGAAAGAGCAGCAUAUCUGACUGGGAGCUCAUACAAAAACCAGACGACUUCCCCGAUGUCCCUCCAGGUUAUGGAGAUGAUGAGGAGGAGGAGGAGGACAAAGAGGGAGGAGCAAGAGAGUGGAUGAGCACCUCCCACAGCACCUCCAUGUUCUCCUCAACUCAAAGCUAUCACAAAGAAACCUCCAGACCUGCAGAUGUGAAGGCUGAUCGGCCGUGUGACUUGAACACCGGUGCAGCGUCCUCCUCCGCUCAAGGUUACUCCUCCUGUGAAUACAAACAUCACAAAGGGGAGCUUUCUCCAUCCUUCAUCAACCCCAGUCCUCAUCUUCUCUCCAGCGAUGAAGGCGAACAGGAUGACCAGGGUUACCGCCCCCAGGAGGGGAGCGAGGAUGAUCACGAACAACAUUCCGUUAAAAGGAGGUCCCACAAGCAGAGGCAUCACCGUGGAGACGGCGCCGCAGCGCCACACCAGUCUGGUUUGACUGUCACGUUGGCGGGAGAGGAAACACCUCCGACCUCUGCCAGCGAGUCCAUGCCCUCCCAGUCUGACUCUGACGUCCCUCCAGAGACCGAGGAGUGCCCCUCCAUAACAGCCGAGGGGAAUCUGGACUCUGACGAGGAUACUGAGCAUCUGCCAGUGGACAAAUUAGCUGCGUCCGGCGCCGAUGGAUCCCACCGCUCCCCGUCACCGCGUUCAUCUCAGAAAGCUCCAGACCCACUCCCUGCACCAGUGAAGGAUCCUCUUCCCCACCCUCCCCACCCCGAUGUGUGCAUGGUGGACCCGGAAGCUCUUCUCAAUGAUCACAGCAGCACAGAGAAACUCCUCAAGAAAGAGCACAAGACCACCAAGGGGCUGAGGAAAAGCAAACCCAAGUCAGCGUCUCCUGCUCGCAAGGGGGAGGGCAGGAAGAGGUCUUCCACCCCUGUGAAGCAGACGAAGGGCUCUGCCUCGCCUCGAUCCGCCUCCCUCCGGAGGAAAGACACGGAGAGAACCUCCAGGCUGAUCAAAAUGUCGGAGAGUCAAGGCUCGAGGAGUGAGCUCCUCAACCCAGGAAAAGGCCUGGUCAACGGCGUCAAGAGCAGCUCAUUAUCUGCAGCAGGAAACAACAGCCAGAAAACCAGCUCUGCUUCUGCCGCCCAUGGACCACCUUUUUACGUUGACCUGGCCUACGUGCCCAACCACUGCAGUGCCAAGAACGUCGACCAGGAGUUCUUCAAGAGAGUGCGAGCUGCGUACUAUGUGGUGAGCGGGAACGACCCGAGCAGUGGGGAGCCGAGCCGUGGAGUCCUGGACGCCCUGCUGGACGGCAAGGCUCAGUGGGGUUCAAAUUUACAGGUGACUCUGAUACCAACCCACGACACAGAGGUGACUCGAGACUGGUACCAGCAGACCCACGAGAGGCAGCAGGACCUGAACAUCAUGGUUCUGGCCUCCAGCAGCACCGUAGUCAUGCAGGACGAGUCUUUUCCUGCAUGCAAGAUUGAGUUCUGAGCUCCCGGCUCUGCUUUCCCACCAUCCUCCAGCGCUACGCCAUUUUUACUGCAAGAGAGCCGAGAGCCCUCUUCUCAUCCCGUCAUGGUACUGGUCUUACAAACAUUAACCACAGCCCUCGAUAAUGUAGAUUCUGCAAAGUCAGUCAUUCCGGCCAGAUGCUUUGUGUUAUUGUGGUUAUUGCGCAAAUAGAACAGCUCUUCUAAUUAGUUUCCUUUGGUGAGUUCAAUCUAACACUUUAAAUAGGAACUAACAGCAGUGUAAUCACAUUCAACUUCUCAAAAAUCUAAACAAAAAUAGUGAAAAAAGCAAUUAUGAGGAGACUAAAAGAACCAAAAACGACUUCUUUUCUUAAUUUCCCCAAAGUGAUUUCUUUGCCGAUCAGCGCUCUCUUGUUUCUAGUUCUGCUCCCGUCUCAUGUAGGAAUGCGGUCAGUUGUGACUCAAACUGAUGUUUGUAACCUGAAAGCUGCUCUCUGGUAUCAUAGUGACGUUUAGGAGCAGCUCUACUUUUCAGCCUUUACAGCUUGGCUGCUGCAUGAUGCUUGUGUUGUAGCUCUCUGUGAGCUGCGUAGACCAGACCUUCUCUUUAGCGAGCCCUCCAGCGCGGGAUGCAGUCGUCAUAGGUAACUAUGUUUGGAUGUCUGUGCUCAAGUACAGAAGGAGGCAUUCUGAAUCAUUUAUUUGCUGGGUUGAAUGGUUCUGUGUUCAGGCUUAAUUACAACCUUUGGUUGUUUUUUUUCUUUACAUGUGAGAUGAUUCAACGCUCAUUCUCCACAAUGAUUUGUGAUUAUGCAGCAACCUGAAGCCAGAGUGACGCUCUCGAUGAUGCUUUAGCUUUGAUCUGCGACAAAUGUAGCAGCGAAAGCUUGUCUGUGCCGUUCGGGGCGGCGGGCGGAACAGGGCAAUAGUUAUUUUUAUUAAGGGGUUUAGAAAUUUUAAAGUGUGAAGUGUGGAAGCUUCUCUUAAUGUACGUGCCUUUAGCUUGUGCUUUUGGAGAGACGGGGAUGUUUUCAGGUCAUGACAGACACUCGGAUCAGGGGGAGGACCAACCGGCUCACGCACACCCCCAACGCAGACAAUAAGAUCAAUCACUCCAACCAUGCAAACACAUUUUCAGAAGAAAUCUGGAUCUUACUAUUCCAUUUAACCUGCAAAAUCUAAAAACACAAACAGAAAUGAAUGUCUUUGAGCAGAAUAUUGCACCAAACGGGGAUUCACUGUCUGAGUGUUAGAGAGUUUGUAACGUUCUUCCAAAUUAAAUACAAAUAGCUGAUAUUAACCCUGAGAAAUAUUUACAGACUGUGCAUGAAUGUCUUGAUUGUUAUUGUAAUGGACACUGUUAAGACGUAGGAAUGCUUUGGGGUUAGUUCUGACUGUGGAACCACGAGUUUGUUUUUUUCUAUAGAGCAGCAUGGUUUGUUAUUGUAGGUUCACUGUGAAGGUCUCUCUGCUUGAUCAGACUUGAAAAAAGCUCACUUUAAAGUUACUUUCACCUAAUUAAAACAUCGUUUUUUAUUUAUAGAGAAAGGGUAUUUCUUUUUUUAAUUUCACUUUUUUAUUUCAAACUGAUUGAAGGUACAAGACGUGUUGUUGUCAUGUAAACGCAAAACAUGUGUUGCUCACAGUUAAGUUAUUUAUUUUCUAAAACCUUUUUAAAAAUCAAGCAGAAAGUGAGACAGUACAAAAAUCUGCUCCCUGUUGACCCUUUUCAUAGUGACGUCAGACGAAGUGGCGACAAAUGCAAACAGUGACUUCAGUGAUCGGGUUUAGAACGUCAAAGCUGACAGCUGAACGCCGUUUAACACAAUUUUACAUAAAUAAUAAAAGGUAAACUUAUCAAUUUUUUAACAAUAAAAUGUUCAAUAUUUGUUUCAUGAAUGUCCUGCUGAACUUUAUUUUUAUUUCCUGUCUUAGAUCGUUCACAAAUCUACAUACAAUUUGAAUAAUCUUCAAUAUUUGAGGUUCUAUUGAAAAUAUCAACCUUUCAUUUGAGCAGAUAUUAUUCUAAUGGUUCUAUUAUACUUGAUGUUUUUCAUACGUGUUUUAAGUGCGAUCAGCACAAAAACUGAUGGAAAUUCAUGUAAGAGGAGCAGACAAGAUGCAGAUUGCUGCAUGAUGACCGCGCCUGUUUUAACUGAACCCAAGGAUAAAUGUAGUUGUUGUCAUAAGUGGUAUUUGUUAUUUGGGGUAUUUUAAGGGGUAAUUGUAAAAAUAGGAAUACUUUUAAUAGGAAUAUUUAUUUUUUAUGUUUUCAAAUGAUUUUUCUCCAUGUUUACCUUCAUUAUCCUGCAGGAUCAGACACAGUUAUGAUCAACAGCAAAGAGGAGCUACAUCAGAAAAUAACACAGCAGUUAUUAGUUUUUCUUUACUGUCAGACACGUUGAAAUUCUCUGACUUUAUCUCUGUUUUAGUGAUUUUGUGAACAUGUAAAUCUAAUCAUCUUUAACUGGACAGCAAAGAUCUUCUGCAGAUCUACGUCUCAUCAAGCUAGCAUUAGCAUUAGCAUCAAGUAGAAGAAGAGAAUCUGAAUGACUUUCAUAAUCAAACCAGCAGCAUUCAGUGAAGUUCCUGUGACCUUCAUCUAACUAUGACCGGGUUGUAGAGAGAAAUAAUCCACCACUGGUUUAAUAUCAUUUUGGGGAAGCAGCUGUGGAGCAUUCUGCAGGAGGAAUACUGACAUUUGAUCUGAGAGGGAAACAAUACAACCAGGGAGGACAUUUAGAACAUAAAUAUUGUACACAUUUCAGUUUCACCUUUCAUUAUUUAGGUAAAAUGCUUUAAGCAGUGUUCAGCUGUCAGCUUUACAGUUCUAAACCAUAGACCAAAUAUAUAACCGGAGGUUGUUUAGAGUGACGUCACAAACGGUCGAUUUCAUCAUAGGUCUCAAAACAAGUCAGAAUGUUUCAAGCAUAAAGUCCUUUUUAUAUUAUUUUCAAAUCAAAAGAUGAUUUUAACCCUUUAACACCGGAGCUCCACUGUUUAUAUUCUUUGAUUUACUGUAGAUUUUUAAUUGUUAACACGAUAAUUCCAGCAGAUUGUGAUUCACAAUCUGCUGGAAUUAUCGUGUUAACUGUUUUGUGUUUACGGUGCGAUGCCUCAGGUGUUAAAGGGUUAAUUCUCAGAGCAGAUUUUUAAGAAGUGGUUUCGUUUAUUGUCAGAGUUUGUUCUGAUGAUGCUGUUUUCAGGUUGGCAGGUUUGGAAUCGCCAGCCGAGAGAUUUUCAAGGUUUUAACAGAAUGCUGUGAAUCACUUCAACAUGAACCGUCUGACUUUACAGUAGCCGAAUGCACUAUACCGGAGGUCUAUUUUGUAUUGAAUGUAGAGUUGGUACAACCGUGACGAAUGCUGCUCAAUCAAAACUAAGAAAUGAACAAUAAUUGUAAAGUGGAACAAAGUCUGUGCAGACUCUGGUUUCUGCGCAGACUCUGGUUUCCCCGCAGACCUCUAACGGGUGACACAGGGAAAAGUUUUAUUUAAACGGAAGCAAUCCCACCAGAACCACAUCCACAGUAAAACAGAAACGGUACAAACUCCAGCUGCAACUUCUUUUCUUUUCCUGAAAAUGACUUGAAACACAUGCAGACUCAAAACGCCAUCAGUAAAACCAGUGUACACAAAUAUGUACUUACCGCUCAUAAACAAGCUAAACUGACCAAUAAGGAGAAAUAUUCAGUGAAUUUAGGAGAUUUCAAUGACAGCUUGACAAAACUUACCUAAAUGACACAAAAAGCUAAAAGGAACAGAAAGAGAAAAAAAAGCGUCUUUUCAUUUUUCUCUCCACGUCUGUAUUAAAGAUGAAGAAAUCAUUUGAUUGCAAACAGCAAACGGUCUCAUCCGUCCAUCUAAUCUUUCUGCAUGUGAUUUAUUUAGUUAUAAUCUUGAAUGUAAUUGUUUAAUAUGAAAACAAUAAUGAUACAAUGCUAUUUUAAAGAGGUCUAUUUGAAAUAUGCUUAUCGUCUUAUCUGGUAAUACUAUGAACUACAGUAACUAUUACUGGGCUGUGCUUUCAUUGUUUGCCCUAUAACAUGUUGUUAAGAAGAUUCUGUAUGGCAGUUCUCUUUAAUUCUCUCUUUUUCCUUUCUUUUUUUUGCAUUGUAACUAUCUUAACCAUGUUUUUUUCUUUCUCAGCUCAAUAUACACUAUCUCUGUCUGUUUGAAACUCACUGGUAAAACUAGAACUACUGCAGACUCAUUGUAAAAGGGAAACAGCUCGGUGAUCAUCAAUAAAACUUCAAAAAAUUGAAA